AUGGACAUACUACCACAGAUAGACACCAAUUUCAACCAACGAAUCUGUAAGCCGGCAAACACGGUGGGCGUAUACAUCACAUGCUUACAGUCACAGUCACAAUCACAGCAACAGCAACAGCAACAGCAACAGCAACAGCAACAGCAACAGCAACAGCAACAGCAACAGCAACAGCAACAGCAACAGCAACAGAACAACACAUCCACCUGCGGACGUGGAAGCUAAACCACAGUCCCCUGGACUGUACGUCCGGGAACACUGCCUCCCUAUUCCUCCUCCUCCUUCUUGUUCAUACUAGAGAAAAAUUGGCUUGGAUUCCCAUUGUGACGACUAACUACCCACCCUAGGGUUGGUUCACCUAUCGGGGCA